UCUAAUGUACCUCUUAGCCUGGCUUCGACUAGGUAUCACUUUGUACUUUUGUAUCAUGAUCGGAUUCAGGUGAUUUGCCGACUCGAUAGUCGUUUGGUACAUGAAGAACUUUUAGACUUGGUAGGUCAAAUGUAUCGGUGCCUAAAGCAAAUCAUUGCAUUGGCAUCUGAUCCCGUCCAUCAUACUUAUUGGCUAUAUUCAAGUGAUUCUAUCUUUGAAUUGGUUGUUAAAGAUGAGGGUCGCAAUAUUUGGAAAGUCUUUUUGUCUCGAGAUGCUUUUGAUGCAGCAUUACUUCAUGCUAAAACUCCGGCAGAUCGAGAUGCAGUUUUGAUAGGACAAGCUGAUCAUUUUUUUCAAAAUGGAAAAUUUAUCUCUGCUGCACAAGUGUAUGCACAAUGUUCUAAAAGCUUUGAAGAAGUCGUGUUGAGUUUAAUCGAUCGAGGCGAACGGGAUGCGUUGAGGUACUACCUCAUCAGUCGGCUUGAACGUCUCAAACGACACGAUUUGACACAGCGAAUGAUGUUAGCAACUUGGCUUACUGAGAUCUAUCUUGCCAAGAUCAAUGAAUUAGAAGAUCUCGCCGCUUCUGGUUCUUCAGAUGAAGACACUGCCAACUUAAAGGUUGAACAAGAGAUGGUGGAAGAUGAAUUGCGACAGUUUUUGAGAACCUACAAGACUAAUCUGGAUCCGAAAACGACAUAUAAUCUAAUCACCACUCACGGUCGUAAAGACGUGAUGAUCCAUUACGCUACUUUGGUGGGAGACUCUGAUAGGAUCAUUCGACAUCAUAUACUCGAAAAGAACUGGACUCAAGCCAUCGAAGCUUUAAGUCGACAAGACGAUUUAGAACUAUAUUAUCAGUUUGCGCCGAUCUUGGUACGAAACGAACCGAGAGGAGCAACAACAGCAUUUAUGAGACAACCCAAGAUAGAUGUACGAAGACUCAUACCUGCAUUGCUCCCACCACGUUCAGCUAGCAAGAAACAAGCAAAUACUGGUAAUACUGAGAUCGUGAUAGGAUACCUCAAGUAUGCGAUUGCUCGACUAGAUAACACAGAUGCACCUGUACAUAAUGCACUCUUAACCCUCUAUGCAACUCAACCUGAAGCGGAUGAGUCAGCUUUACUUCGAUUCCUAGCAUCGACUCCGGAUAAUCCGUUAACGGGAAAACCUUACUACGAUCUUGAUUACGCUUUAAGGGUUUGUAAGAAUCAUGGAAAAUUGCAAUCUUGUGGUUUGAUUUACGGCAAGAUGGGAUUAUAUGAAAGUAGUGUUGAUUUAGCAUUACAAACAGGUGAUCUAGAAUUAGCCAAGCUUAAUGCAGAUAAACCAGAUGAUGAUCAAUUAUUGAGAAAGAAACUUUGGUUGAAGAUUGCCAAAUAUGUAGUACAUCAUAAACAAGAUAUAAAGACAGCCAUGAAUUUCUUAGAAUCCACAGAUUUAUUGAAAAUUGAAGAUAUCUUACCAUUCUUUCCAGAUUUCGUAGUGAUUGACGAUUUUAAAGAAGAUAUUUGUGAUGCCCUUGAUCAUUAUUCAAUACAUAUACAAAAGUUAAAACAAGAAAUGAAUGAAUCAAGUAAAUCAGCUGAAUUGAUUAAGACUGAUUUAGAAAAACUUUCAAAUCGAUUUGUGAUUAUUAAUCAAUCUGACCAUUGUCAAAGUUGUGACGAAAAAUUAGUUACUAGAGCGUUUUAUAUUUUCCCGUGUCAACAUUCAUUUCAUGCUGAUUGUUUAAUUAAAGAAGUUACUCAACAUAUGUCACCACAUCAAUUAAGAAGGAUGUUAACUCUACAGACUAAAUUAUCACAAUCUAAUUCUCAAAAUCAAAAUCAAAAAGGAACCAUGAAUUCAGAAAUCAAAAUUGGUGAAAAAAGAAAUGAAUUAGAUAAAUGUAAAGAUGAAUUAGAUGAAUUACUAGCUUCUAAAUGUGUUUUAUGUGAUUUAGCUUUAAAAAGUUUAAAUAAACCGUUUUUAAAUGAAGGUGAAUUUGAAAUUUGA